AUGUCUGCAGACGCUGAGCAACCGAUGGUGAACGAAGAAACCACAGAAACAAGCAUUGCCGAGGACUCUGGUCAAAGCACAGCGUCAAAGCUUCAAGCCGAAUUAGGCUUGGCCCCAAGAACCAUUGUGCUUGCCAAAGUGAAGGGCUACAGAGCAUGGCCCGCAAUGGUGCUCGAUGAGAACAUCUUGCCCGAAAACAUCAAGAAGUUGAAGCCCAAAUCCGUCAAGCAGCAGAAGAAAACGCAGCCGACGAUUCUUGUGCCGGUGAGAUUUUUCAGCGACGAUACAUACAUUUGGAUCAGGAAUCACGACUUGAAGGUUCUUCUGGAUGAGGAGAUUCAGACCUUCUUGGACAAACACUCCACAGCAGGAAAGAAAAAAGAUGAGCUUCUAGUUUUUGCCUAUGAAUUGGCAAAAGAUCCCCCAGAUAUGCAUCAGUUCAACCUUUGGGGCUCCAGAGGACCCCCGGAUUUCAGCGACACCGUUGAAUCUGUUGAGGAGGAAGACGAGCCCCCAAGAAAGAAACUUAAGUUGAAGUUGAACCUUAAGGCGGCAAAAACCAAAACCACCAGCAGUAAGAGCAAAGCACCGCCCAAAGCCUCGGCCAAGAAGACCUUAAAAUCAACACCAUCCAAGUCCAAGACCAAGGCAGCCCCAACUUCAAAGAGUAAGUCCAAGGGGUCAGCAAAAGGCUCGUCAACAGGGAAGCCCAAGACUGAAAGAUACGCUUCGUACGAAGAAUUCGAAAAAGAUCUAGAAAAUGACAGUGUCUCAGAUUAUGGUGAGUUUGGAAGUGACUGGGGACUCGACGACCCAAAGUAUAAUUUCGACAACGGAGACUUCAUUUUCGAAGACGAACAGGAACAAAAGAAGUUCGUUGGGGAGUUCCCUUCUGCCUCGGACUUACAAGCAACCUCAGCUUACUACAAUGAACAGUUCGAGAAAAUGUUCAACAAAAUAGCCCCCAGCUUGCUAGACGGCGACUUGAGCAAUGAAAGCCAGAUAAUAAAGGAUCUACGAGCAGCAGAGAAGCUUGCACACCAAGCACCAUAUAUUGUCUUCACAAAAUCGCUGUUAUACAGGUGUUUAGUUGUUGCAGCUCACAAACCUGAAGAAAAGCUUCCUUCGGAAAAUGUCAGACAGGCUAUUAAGAAUAUCCUCGAAAGCUUCCUGUUGGAAACGUGCUCUUUAACAAUGGAAGACCUCGUUUUACCUACGCCGCAAGAGACGCCCUCUCAGACACCUGGAUUGACCCCGGCUCCUGAAAAUGGAGUAAAACAGGAGGAUACCGAGAUGAAGGAAAUUGUUGAUAGAUUAGAAUCUUCCCAAGAAGUUGACACCAGCGGCACUACGGUUGCGACCAACACAAAUGGUGAGGUAAAUGGACUCGACCUGGACAGAAUAAAUAAACGUGUCAGAACCAUGGCUAACCAAACAAAGUUGGAGAGUAACGAGGAACUCGAAUCCCAGGACCCACAAUUCACACGUGGCUCAGUGUCCGGUGUUGGCGGUGAUGAGGAGGAGGAUGAUGAGCCCUCGAGCGGAAAGCAGCAGAAGGAAAGAAGAAAGAUCGAGAUAAAAUUCAUCCAGGACAAGUCCAGAAGACACAUCACAUUUUCUAAGAGAAAAGCAGGUAUCAUGAAGAAGGCUUACGAGUUGUCGGUGUUGACGGGUACGCAGGUGUUGUUGUUGGUUGUAAGUGAGACUGGUCUUGUGUACACGUUCACCACGCCAAAGUUGCAGCCGCUUGUCACCAAGUCUGAAGGUAAGAACUUGAUUCAAGCGUGCUUGAAUGCCCCUGAGGAAGGGUUGGGCGACGAGCAAGGAGAGCAGAGUGAUGGCAACUCUCAGGAACUGCCUGAGCAGAGCCCAGCACCACCGCAGGCACAAAAGCAACAGGCACAGCAGCAACAACAGAUUCCACACCCUCAACAAGUACAGGCACAUCAACAGCAUCAGGCGGCCGCAGCGGCAGCUCAUCAGCAGCAGCAGUUGCCUCCAACACACAUGCCCCACCAGAUGCCAUACCAGGGCCAGGGCCAUCCUCUGGGAGGAUUGCCCAUUCCCCCACAGCAAGGGAGCUACAACGAUCCUUACAAUCAGUACUUUGGUGGUAUGGGCAAUGGGAACAUGCCUAACCAGCAGCAGUACCAGUAG